GGCUGUGGGCAUGCCCUAAAAUCCGUUAAGCCCGGCCCCUGGCCCCAUCGUGAUGAGCACUAUGAAUUAGAGCGUAUCAGACUAACACAGUGUCAACUCAAGUGCCGGGGAUAGGCUCAGAAGGAGAAUAGUGGCCCUUGGCAGCUGUGUGGAAGCGUAUAAAUAUGGCUCCCCACUCAUCCACCUUUCCGGGUCAUAUCUUCAGAUCAAUACCUACCAUAAGCUACUAGUUUGUAACUUCAAGUUACCACGCUUGCAUCCCACAAAAUCCUACGAUCAUGACUCUCACGGUUCACCAUCUCCACAUCUCCCAGUCAGAGCGUGUUGUCUGGCUAUGUGAAGAACUGGCUAUCGACUAUGAGCUGAAGACGUACAAGCGGGCACCACUCCUAGCCCCACCCGAGUACAAGGCUUUGCACCCCCAGGAGACGGCGCCCAUCAUCCAGGACGGCGACUUGACGCUGGCCGAGAGCGGCGCAUGUCUCGAAUAUAUCUGCCACAAGCAUGGCGGGGGAAAGCUGUUUCUGCCCCCGACGCACCCAGCCUAUCCCGACUUCCUAUACUGGUGGCACUGGUCCAACGGCACCUUUAUGCCCACCGUCAUGCAGUCUAUGUCGCUGCGCUCUCUCAACAUCAGUCCGGAUAGCUUCCCUAUGACUAUCACAAAUACCCGGUUUAGGAAGGCAUUCACGGCCCUCAAUGAAAGACUACGUGACAACCAGUGGCUUGCUGGGAGCGAGUUUACGGUGGCGGAUGUGAUGGUCAUGUUUGUGCUCACUACGGCGCGGUACUGGCUCCCCUAUAGUCUGGAGGGGUAUGAGAAUGUGGUCAAGUAUCUUCAGCGUGCUGCAGAGAGGGAAGCGUAUCAGAAGGCUAUGAAGAAGUGUGAGCCCGAGAUGGAGCUAGCUUUGGGGGUCGACCCGCCGAAAAAGUAAUAAUCCUGCAUAAAUGUAUACUAAUCACCGCUCAUGAGUAAGA